CUAAGCAUAGCAUAGAAAGAGUGUGAGGAUACGAUAAUACAUGUGAUGUAUUGUAAUGCUUGAUUGAAUAAAGUAAGAGCUAAAAUGCCAACUAAAAAAAGAAAGGUAUACAGUAAUAUAGGCCGAUCAGAAGAAACAGACAACGGUGGGUCAGACAAUUCUUCUGAAGGAAAAAGCAGAUCUCCAGAAAGAAGUUUGCUAACAUGGCGUCGUGUUUUUGGAAGAGUUGUCUUAUGUGUGGGAGUAAUGAUGAUAAUUUAUAUUACACAAAAAAAAGAUUCUGAACAGGUGUUUGCUAAGCAGUCAGAAACUGUACAAGGGAGGAAACAGGAGAUUCCCUGCUCCAAAGAUUAUGAGAAUGAAUUAACAAGGUUUAAAGGUUGUGUACCUCAACGAUGUGGACGCCUGGUUACUGAUUGGUUGGUUGCACCCCAAGAAGCAGCCCAACUUCUGAGCAUAGCAAAGAAAGGUUUAGCACAUGGAGGCUCUUCUGGAGGUGCUUCUAUAUUUGAUCUUCAUUCGGGUGCUCUAUCUCACGGGGACAACUUUGUCAACAUUUACAAGUUAAUGAAGAAAGAAGGAAAGAGAACAUUGUUUACACAGCAUGAUUUUGAAAUUUACAAAAAAGUGAAAGACAAAAUUCACCAUAUGAUUGCAACAGAGUUUGGAAUCCUGCCCCAGAAACUUUAUCUUACCCAUCCAACGUUCUUCUCCCAAAUGUCAAACAAACUGGCUAAAACUAAGCACGAUGAAUAUUGGCAUAUUCAUGUUGACAAAGAAACCUAUGGGUCUUUCCAUUACACUUCUCUUCUUUAUCUUUCUGACUAUGAUGUUGAUUUCACUGGAGGAAGAUUUAUUUAUGUGGAUAAAUCAGUUAACCUUACUCUUGAACCGAAGAUGGGUAGGGUUGUGGCCUUUACUUCAGGAUCAGAAAAUCCUCACUAUGUAGAGAGAGUAAACAGUGGCAUAAGAUAUGCACUGACUGUGUCAUUUACUUGCAACAAGAAGUAUGCUAUAGAUGACCUUUCCACAAACAACUUGAACCAACAACAUUCCUAAAACUGUGAUGAACUGAAUAAUUUAGAUAAAAGCUGUAUAUCAGUGUCUGUAAAAUAGAUUUAUGAUGUGUGAAAUCUUUACUGGGUGUUCUAAUUUGUUAACAUUCAUGUGUGUGUGUCCAACCAUACAUCAAAUAUACAUUUUGAGUACUUUUGUAGAUCACGAAAUGUUUGGUAGUGUAGAGCACAUUUUCCAUUAAUCAGUGGGUGAGAAAAACUUUAUUCAUCAUAAGUUAUUUAUGCAGUUGGGCUUAAAAAGACUAUAGUUGAAAACAUAGAGAUAACUGUAAAUAGUAGGUACAUCAAAUGUAUGCAUAACGGUAGCAAAAAGUAUUUCAUGAUUUUGAAAUUGCCUGAAAACAUUUUUAAAUGCAAACAUUGAUGCAGUUUUCUAAUGAUUUAUUAAUCGUACACUGAAUAAAAAUAAUAUCUUAAAAUAUUGUUAGAUAAUGUUCUAGAUUGUAAAUUAUCAGACUGGUGGUGUGGAAUGUUUUUUAGGUCUGGUCAUGUAUGCUUAGUAUGGCAGAAUACUAGGGAGGGUCUGGGAGUAUACUCCCCUGAAAAUAUUUUAAAAUCAGGUAUCUCCUUGGUGCAUUUUUAAACAUUUUUCAACUAGUUCAUUUGCUGUCACUUCCUUCUUUUUUUUUUAAAUCAGAUUUUACAUUGCUCUUAAAGUUAAAAAUAGGUAAGAUACUGCUAAAUAUCACAAUAGUUUCAGCAUAGAAUUCAUUGUAAAAAAUAUGUUGCUAUGAACCUAUUUAUAAAUAAUAUUCACAGGGUAUGAAUAAAGGCACUCUAUUGAAAUUUAUUAAUAAAGUAGCUGUAUUAUGUCAUUACAUGUGUGCAUAUUUAGAAAUACACAAUAAUAAAAUUUUCAUUAAUGAAUAUUUCAAAACUAACACCUUUUUUUUUUACCAAAAAUACAUGUAGCUAGUACAUUGAGAGGAACAUAGUUAUAUAUCAGCAGUAGGCCUAUAUUAUUAGUUAUGUAGAGUCAUAGAUGUGCAUUUCUUAAUUUCUGGAGAUCUUUCCCCCAUCUCCUGCAUUUCUUACAAUAUAUCCUGAAAUUAUAUUUUCUAAAUUACGUUUGUCAAGUUGUUUCUUGUAAAUCCUUAAAAGCAUCAAAUGAUUUAAUCUUUCCUGGGACGUGGUUGCUGUUAGAUAUGUCCACACUCUCUUCAGCUCAGAAAAUUGUCUCUCACUGGUGGCAAGCAGCAGCAAAAUUAACUCUACCAAAGUCACAAACUCUGAAACAAACUUUCCUUGUGCCAUUGGUGGUUGGCAGAGGUGAUAUUUUAAGUUAGGGGUGCACUGAAAUCUGAAGUUGCCCUGGUAGGCAAACCCCCCCCCCCCAGACACUGAUGAUGUUUAAUUUUUUUAGAAGUCCAGAAAUAGUAAAGAUUAAUCAUAAACAUAAUCAACAUAUGUUAGGCAAGUACUUAAUGUUGAAUCACUUUGCAUAUAAAAUCCGUUGUAUUUUGCACAAUGUUACACUUCUUUGAAACAUCAUGUAUAGAUGAAUUUAAACUGUAUGCUAGACAGUUUACAUACAAAGCACUACUCUCUUCUUGGUUAAAAAUUGCCUGGACGCCAUUCCUCACACCGCUAAUAUUGCUGGCUCAAUCAUAAGACUGGCCCCUACAGUGAGUGAACAUCUAAUAAAAACAUCUUCAGUUUGAUGAUGGAGUGUUACAGCUUUGGUAUCUCAAUUAGACCAAAUGUAUCUUCAUGAAUCUGGUACUUUCUCUCAACCAAUUGAAUUGACAGUAACAGCUGUUCAAUAUGUGAAAUGUCUGUAACUUCAUCAACAAUUACUGAGAAUCACAUAGCAUUCUUAAUUUCAGCUAAGAUCUGUAAGUACAGUUAGGACCAUUAUUUGGAUAAUUUUAUUAAUGGUAUCUGGAGAAAUGUAAUCUUUUUGAUGCAGCCAGGUUUUCAUUCCAGGACAUUCCUGUGCAUGCAGUGGUAAUAACUGAUAUAAAUUACCUUCAAAGGUCUCAGCACUUUCAGCAUGCCUCUCAAUGGUAGAAAUUAUUAUUCCAAAAAUCUAAUGCAUGUUAUUAGUUUCAUCAGCAUACUUUUAUGAAAGUUUUGUUCUGUAGCAAAUUGACUAUUUAACUUAGCACUAACAUAUACAUGAGAGGUCUUCGUUACAAGUUUUUCUGUAGCUUCCUGAUGAAUGUCACUUUUCUCAUGCACCUCAAAUCUUUGAAGGGCUUUUCUCCAGUUUCUAAGUCCAUUGUUGAUAAUCUGUUACUUAGUAGACACUGAAGAUGGUAAUAAACCUUUUUGUUUAGCACUACAACAUGGUCUACCAAAAUUUUAUAGUGAGAUAAACAAACGGUGAUCUUAGAAUGCUUUUUAAACCAUGACUUUUGUAUUUUUCUGGAAUAAGACUUUACCUGGGUUGGUUGCUUUUUUUAGGAUGAAGUGAAUGAAUUGUUUUAUAUCCAGGAACUUCCAAAGGUUGAUUAGGUCUACUUAAAUUACUACAGCCCUCAUUUACAAGAUGUUUCAACAUGCACAGCUAUUACAGUAUCACUGUCUACAUUAGACAUACCUUGUGUUUCUUCUUCAACAUCAGUGUUGGCUGUGCUACUAUAAGUGCUACUUGAAUAAUGUAGAUUUACCUUGAUAACUUCUUCAUCACUCGAGUCAACAAUUUCAGAAACACUAGCCUUACUAAAAGGCUUUGCAACAAAAUCGCAAAUUUUCGUUUGUGUUCCAGUAAACAUUGCCAUUUUCUCCAUGACACAUUAAAUUUAAAUUAAAUAAAGUGAUCUCCUCAUAUCAAAAGCACUAGCUGGUAAGUUUAGUCUAGAAAUUAGACUAUGUUUAAAGUGUAAAGCACCCAUCAUACUACUUGCAUUACUGAGUUUCAAAGCUUUAUUAUUGCUGCGUUUUUUUAGAUUUACAGCCUUCAAAAAUUUUUAGGGGUGUGCCACCACCCUUUGCCCCACUGUUUCCUAUGACUUUAGUGGUAAGUGUGCUGUUGACAGGGAACUGAGGAUUUGUUUACAUGUUGAGAUCUCACAAGUUACAUCUUUGAUAUUGAUAUCAACUGAGCAUUUUCUUUUCUCUGCUUGCUUUAAUUGAGGAAUCCAUGUUGGUGUAUUUGCUGCUUAGAGGACUAUAUUCAUCUGAAAGUGUAACUAGACCUUCUUCCUGGCUGAUCAUGCUAUUAGAUUCAGUUCCAUAGAAUAUAUCGGCCUCCUGGAGUUCCAUAUUGCAAUGUUGAUUUGUUGCUGCUUUGAUUAGCAGAUUUUCCAGGUUCAUAUACUGUUGUUUACUUAGUAUUUGCAGGAAUUAUCUUUCAUGGUUUUACAUUAAAAAUUGUUUCACAGGUUUUAACUUUCACAGAAAAACAAAAUUGAAAAUGCAUCAAUUUUCCAUCACAUAAAUUUAGAAAAACGUUUUUAGACAUCAUUCUGUUUUUUCUAAGCAAUAUUUUUCAAACUAUAAGCCUUUGCAAUCACACUGUGCAACUGAACUGAUGUGUUAGUAAUCCACCUAUUGAAAGCAAUGAAUUUGUCUGGGCAUGUUGCAGGAUUCAUUACAGGUACUUAACUGACAACAGCUUAUGUUUCCUGAUUACAUGUUAUUAUCUAAAUAUAGCAUAUUGAGAACAGUUAAUCAAAUGGUUUGGUGAGUAUAAAAUUAUUUUAAAUUUUUUAGCAAUAUCAAACAUCAAAUAGUCACAACUUCAUUAUGUACCAUUCUCAAAAUGUCUUUGUGGAAAUGGAUAAAAUCGACCAAUUCUCCCAAAACCAGCCAAUCCAGAGAAGAGGAUCAUGUGCCUAACAAAGAAACCAAGUGGCCUACCUCUAUUCCUUGGAGAAAAGUAUGAUGUAUUGAUGUGACAUUGGAUAAUAAAUGUCUGGCUCAACGGUGGACUGAUCAACUUGCUUUUUAUUUCACUGGAACUAUUGUUCUUAGAAAUGUAUGUAUCACGAAAAUAGUAAAAGUUAAUUCCACAUGAAUAAUAAUUAACUUGUACUGUAAUAUAACCUAGCUGCUCAAACCUAUCCUUCACGAAAGCUAUAAGAUUGUCACAGACUGCCCAGAAUAUAUGAUAGUUGUGAACUUCAACUGUGGAUGGAUGAUGUCCCAAUGAAUCACCCAUUUCAAGCCUUUUUGGUGCUCUUCUUGGCAGUUGUGGUUCACCAAUGUUGCUUUCUUUUGGGCUUCUUCCUACAAGACAUCAAACUAAUUUCUUAUCUCCUGCAGUUUUUGCAUGGUGAACUUUGCAAGCUACCUUCAGCUGUUGUCUUAAUUAUUUGUAAAUCCUGGCUAAAAAUGUCACAUAGUCUCAAGAAGUACUCUGUAAUGGUAACACCAUACAGGAGGUUCAACUUCUGCAUGUGAGCCUUAACCCCUUUUAAGUCUUGCUUUCAUCACCAUGUCUCAAAAACUUUGUAUAGAAAGGUUCCACAAUCUCAGCAGGGCAUUAUACUGUUACAUGAUGCCAUGCAUGCAGUGAGCUUGUACCGUCCACCUAGUAAGAGAGAGCAUUAUGAUGGCAGAUCAAUCUUCUUUGAUCUUUUCACUGAGGGUUUCUCUCUUUGGGCUGUAUUUUACCAGUUUUGUUAUUUUGUACGCUGUGUCCAUUUCAUCUCUCAUAUGUGAACCUGACAUGUUUAAAGUUAUCUUGGCAUGCCAGAUUUAAAGCAUGGCCAUCCCAAAGUUUAUGUAUUUGACUUUUUCUUCCACCUUCAUCACUUCUUUUACCACACCAUUCUUUUUUUCUGACCAUCAAGGCAAAACCAUCAUAGUCUUGGCCUCACAACCCAAAUACAGAGAUGUCAUUACAGAUCACAUAUCUCAACAUUUGCAAGCAAUUGCAUUUGCAACUUGUCCACUGCAGCAUAAUCAGGUAAGUUGAUAGUAAAUUUUGUGAGGUACUUUCCUGAAGACUUUUGAAGCAAACUUCUUGAUUUUACCAGUAACUGAAGACAAUGUUGACAAACACUAAUUCAACUGUCAAGGUCUUCAAGAACUGGUUCUUUAUAGAUGCAUUGUGGCAGACUUGGCAGAUUAUGGUAUUUAUAUGAGACACAGUGCAAUCAGCAUUAUUCUAUGAAGAACUCUUUUUGCAAACGAUAAUUCUGCUUUUUCUUAGCAAAUUGACGUUAUGGUAAACUUAUAAGUGGUGGUGAUGGUACAUAGUUCUCACUGUUAAUCCUUUUCUCAACAGCUGUCUGCUGGCACACCAUUUGAUGGAUCCUUGGUCUUCUUACCUGAUGACACCUUUAUUUUUUGUUGUAAUUCUUCCAUUUAUUUGUUCUGCACUGGAUUGUCAUUAUGUUCUUGAACUGACCUACCAUCAACAAAGUGAUUAAAAUACUUCACUUAUAAUUUAAAGAAUAAACCACUUUCAGUAUUAGAUGUUCAAGGCCUAUAAUAUUUAUAACAAUACAUUGAAAUAUAAUUCAAUAAUUGGACUAUCCUAAAUUACCUGUAUAAUGGGCAUCCCUCUCCCAUGUGUGUGUCGGGGGUCUGGAGAGCCUCCUCGAAAAUUUUAAAGAUCUAAUUUCUAAGGAGUGCUUUUCAUGUUUUUAGAGACAGUAAUUUUGAUGAUUUGUCUGUGGUCUUGAGAAGUUUUAAUGUGAGUAAGAUGUCUGUUUGAUGAUUUGAGUAUGUCUAUUUAUCUUCACUACCAUAUGGUCAGAGAUUAAACAAAAUAUGUCAAGUAAGAUGUCUGUUUGAUGAUUUGAGUAGGUCAGUUUAUCGUCACUACCAUAUGGUCAGAAAUUAAACCAAAUAAGUUGAGCAGUGACAGUUUUUGCAAAAAGCAAAAUUGUUUAAUCAGUCUACUAAGAUUAUAUUGUGUGACAUUGAAUUCAAUUGGGUUUUGCCUCUACUGUUUUUGAUUAUGGUGAGCAGUAUCAAUAUUGUCAGUGUGUUCCUACACACUGUUUACUAGCAUUAUGAUUUAGUAUGUAGGUGUUUUAGUAACUUAAUUUGCUGCUUCACCCAUGUUAUAAUACAUAUGGUAAAUUACAAACUAUAAUAAUUUGGAGUGUCUAGUGAUUAAAUCUGAAUUAUCAUCCAUUAAGUAUCACUCUUCAUUUGGUAAAAUUUAAUAAAUGCUCAACACUUGA